AGUCAUAAGGAAUACAAUACUAUGGUCUAUACUCUCUAGUACACAAUUUUGCCACAACUCGCUAAGCUUUUAUUUGGUUGUUUUAUGUUAAUUAUUUAUUAUUUUUGUUGAUUUUCAUCCUAUAUUAUUCGUCUAAUAUUCGACAACAAUUCAUUAUCAACCAACUACUAGUGUUUCAGUUGGAGAAAAAAGUACAAUAGUUUCUGAAAAUGGCUAAAAUCUUAGAAAUUGUUUCAAAGUUUUACGACGAUUACGCGAAAACGACAUCGAAAAAACUUAAGAUAAUCGAUGCUUAUUUGUUGUACAUAAUGCUAACUGGAAUCGUACAAUUUKCAUACUGUUGUUUAGUAGGCACAUUCCCAUUUAACUCGUUCCUCAGUGGUUUUAUUUCAUCAGUUAGCUGUUUUGUACUUGGCGUAUGUUUACGAUUACAAGCAAAUCCACAAAACAAAGCACAAUUUAGUGACAUAAGUCCAGAACGAGGUUUUGCUGAUUUUAUUUUUGCACAUAUCGUGCUUCACUUAACUAUUGUAAACUUUAUAGGUUAAAUUCAGCAUUGAGGUUCAAAUUUAUAAUGCAUUGUACUGCUUCAUUUUUUUUUUCUAAACAUAUUUUCUGUAAAUAAAGGAUUAAAUAAAUA